AUGAUGGCGUUCUACGCCAAAUCAUUAGAACUUUACGAGAUCAUGAACGAUGUGCUUCUUAGUCUUUACAAGCCAAUCUCCGACGAUAAUGGGGAAGACAUCUAUGACUUUUAUUUCGAUAAUUCUUCAAGUGAGGGAGAGCGGACUAUCUUUGAGCUCGACCGCUCCCUCGCUCGAUGGACGCGGAGCCUUCCUCCGCAUCUGCGUGGGGAUUCAUCAGUAUCCGCAAAUGCUGUAUUUUUCCGGCAAAGCAUUGUCUUGCGUGCAAGAUUCCUCCACGUGCGGAUGCUUUUGUUUCGGCCAACUCUCUCUAAAUACUGCGCUGUUCGGGAUAAUACGACAGCAUCCCCAUUAGUCUCGACGAACGACUCCUUCCCCCACCGUGUCGCACUACAGUGCUCUGUCAUAUGUGUCAAAGCUGCACAAGAAUCUAUCGAACUAAUCUACAACAAUGCCCCUGCUGACGGAACCGGUGGUCCCCUGCCGGCUUGGUGGUAUAAUAUCCUUUAUGUUUAUACCUCUGCAACUGUCUUGAUCGCUGGCCGUUUGUGCGCUGCGAUCCUUGCCGAGGUCACAGAAAGCUCGGUCGCCCUGUCCUGGAACCAUGCACUGGAAGUUCUUCGAAAGUACCAAAGUUAUAGCACAUCCGCUCAGCGCUGUGUGGCGGCCCUUGAAAUUCUCUAUGAACAAGUUGCCUCUGAGGGUCUGCUACCGAUUGGCCAUGUGCCGAGUCUUAAGAUAGGAGCCAGCACAAGUGGAGGGAAUGAUAUGUCCUUCGGCGAAGGAAUGAAUGCGGCUAUCUUGGAUACUUUUGAGUUUCCUGAUUUUCAAGAUAUGUCAUGGUUGAACAGUGUUCCGAGCAACCUUUACUAG